AGGUCCCAGGAACGUCCCCUCUCCUCCCGGGCCACCUCCCGGGCCCUCGUGGCUGCCGUGGCCGCCAUGGCCCGGAGGGUCAACGCCAGGUACGAGCGUUACCUGGAGAGGAGCUUCCCCAGGUUCUACGUCCUGUACAGCACCUUCACCUCAGUGCUCUGUCCAACAGGAAUCCAGGCGCUGUUCCUGGAGGUGAAGGAGAUCGGCAGGAUCAGAUUCAGGAUGUCCCGGCAGCGGCUGAAGGUGCAGCAGCUCCCGUACCGGGACAUGGAGCGGCUGCGCCAGGCAGUUCCGCAGGGACGCGCUCAAGGCCAUUCCCAUUGGGAUCAUCGCCAUCCCACCCUUCGCCAACUUCCUGGUCAUCGUCCUGAUCUCCUGAUCCGCUACUUCUGGACGCCGCAGCAGCAGCUGGAAUUCCUGGAUGUCUAUGAUUCCAUCCGGAGGGACUCAUACCCGGGCGUGGUGCAGAGCCUGGCGCUGGCCGCGCAGUCCCUGCCCGAGCCCCGGCCCCGGGAGCUCCUGCAGCAGCUCUGCUCCCAGGUGCAGGGAGGUGCCCGGCCCCGCCUGGCCCAGCUCUUGGCCGUGAGGAGUUUGUUCUCGGGGUCUCCACUGGUGCUGAACAGGCUCCAGGUGGAUCAUGUGAGGGCCCUGAGCCAGGUGCUGUUCCUGACCCCCCACUUACCGGCCGUUCUCCUGCGGCAUCGCCUGCUGAGCCACAUCCUGGAGAUCCGGCACCUGGACCGGGCCCUGCUGCGCCUGGGGCUGGGGCAGCUCUCUGAGGAGGAGCUGCGAGCGGCCUGUUACCUGCGUGGGCUCAACUCCACUCACCUGGGCCGGGCCGAGUGCUGGGCGUGGCUGGAGCAGUGGCUCCAGCUCUCCUGUGAGCUCCAAGCUUCCGAAGCUUCUCUCCUGGCCCACAGCAUGGUCCUGCUGUCCCUCAACUACAGCCGGCCCUCAGAGUGAUGGCCCUGUGCCCCUCACCCGGCCUGGUGCCCCUCACCUUGGCCCUGUGCCCCGACCUGGUGAUCCCCAGGCUGGUGCUGCCGAGAUCCGGGCGCUUUGCUGAGCCAGCGCCGGGUCCUCACUCCCCUCGGCGCCGUCGGGAGCAGCUGCUGCUCCAGGGCCGAGCACGACCAGGAGACGUGGCUUCGUUAUCCCAGUUAUUAACUGCAUCCCGCUAAUUAUGGGAGACAGAGGGUGGCUCCCUGGCCCGGGGACGGUUCCGUCGGAUCCAGGGACUUUGUGCCGGAGGCUUUUCCCUUGUUUCUUUUCUCCACUGGACAGUCUUAAAUGUAACCCCCCACCCCGAAGGGUUCAGAAACGGCCCCAAAUCCCCCCUUGGAACCCCCUAAAUCCCUGUAAGACCUUCCCAGGAGGAUUCUGGGGGUUUGUCUGUCCGGAGCAGGCAGAGGGAGGGAGGGGUCAGGGCUGGGAACAUCCCCGAGGGGGGUGGGAAGGGCCGAGUGGGGGGUCCCCAGGCUGCCUCCUCCAAAUUCAGCCUCGUUGGAGCUAAUUAGACCUUUCCACCUCUGUGUUUCCCACUGGGCAGUGGCGGCUCCGGGGGCUUCAGGGGGUUAAACCUCCCCCUCCACCCCUCCCUGCAUGAGGAAUUCCCGAACUUCCGAGGUUUAUUAAAGCCCAAAGGAAUCAGCGGCUUCGGUGUCUUUUGGGAGGGGGCCUUGGUGGCGCUCUGUCCCUCUGGGAGGGGACACUGGGAAUGGGGACACCUGGAAAAUGUCCCUUUUGAAGCAUUUUUGGGGUAUAAAGUGGUAGGACAUUCCCCCCCUUCUCACUGUUUUUUGGGAAUUGGUGACUGCUCCCAUGAGGAAUUCACUGUGAGGGGAUUUAACCCCCUUAAAGCCACAACUCACCGUCCAAUUUAACCACUUCUUUUUCAACUUAAAUACUCCUUUUAAAUACAGCGUUAUGCAGGGCAGAAAAGGCUGGGGAAAAUUAGUAGUAUUGUGGAGAAGCUUUGGAUUCACAACAUUUGGGAAACUAAAAAUGAGAAAGCCAGUGGGAGCUGGGAGGGGGGUGGGGACACACCCAGAUUUCAGGGAGCAGGGGACUUAGAAG